ACCACUGUUUGGUGUAAAUAUAACCUCAAGUUUUGCUAUUUAUUUUGGGGCUAAAGGGUGUUAAAAUGGGGCGCAAAAUUCCAGGCCGGAAGCAUAGGGGGGUCCGAGACCCCGAGAAACAACGUGCGGAGCGCGAGAAAAGUCUUAAGGAUAAAAUAAACGCGCCCCCGAGUAACCCAGACGAACAGUACGUUCCUAAAAGUCUGCAAAGGAUCGCCGAGCUUAAGGCGAAGGUUAAAAGUGGCGAUUUUUUGCGCAAAAAGGUGAAAAAACCGCGUCCGAAGCCAUUCUUUAAACAAGGUCCGAAUGAGUCAGAUAAACAGUUUUUGUAUCGGGUGCACAAGCACUGUGCGAUGGUUAAACACGAGGCGGCUUUUGAGGAAAAAUUUGGGGUUGAGGUUCAGAGGAAUGCAGAGGGGGAGAUAGAAGGGGUUAAAAAACGGGCUAAAGACCCCGUGCAAGUGAUGGUUAAAGAAGCAAAACAGGCCAAGAAGAAGAAGAAGGAAGAAGGGCCUAAAUUAACAAAGUCGCAAAAAAGGAGAUUAAAAUUAAACGAAAAGAAGCAGAAGAGAAUUAAUGAUAAAGUUGAUGAGUUUGAGAAGUUUCAAGAUAGGGUUAAGUUUGGGGAACAAGUGCAUGAACCACCUACAUUGACUGCGCCCCGGAAGGUUAAAACGGGGGGCGAAGCCCCACGACCCGGCAAAAAAGACUUGUUGUUGAAGUCUGUUCUAAACAAAACCAGUAAUAAAGUGAUUGAUAAAACGGGAAAAAGGAAAGACUUGCCAAACGCCCUUAGGAGACAACUUGAUAAACAACAGAAGGAAGUGAUUGAAGCUUACAGGGAAUUAAAAGGCAGGAGAAGUGAAUUGUAACUAUUUUAUUAACAAAAAUACAAAAACUUUAUCAAAAUACAA